UUAAAAAAAAAAAAGAAAGAAAAAGACGUCAUUUCCUUCUCUGUGACGUCGUCCUCUUUGCUUCUCUAUUACUCACUUUGUCUGGUUCAAAGCUUUCCAAAUUCGCUUAAAUAGUGUGCCCUAGACACCUUGAUCCCAUUCCGAGUUUUGCACUCCUUCACGGCAGAACCGAGUCCAGUUGUUACUGUAUUAUUUUUGUAACAGCAUUCUCAGUGUUUCACGCUGGAAAUCCAAGCGAAGUAUUUCGACGAGUAGUGAGUUGAGGGCUCACAUUUUUCCACAAGUUUUGGAAUACCUUCGUCGUUUAUGACCCGCCGACGCUAUGACUUUACAAUUCCCAGGAGCGAGAAUGGAUGUUUAUCGUCAAAACCAACGCUUCGAGCCACUUCGUGCCUCGAUGGCAGUUCCUGAUCCAGAAAUGCUUCGUGCUAUUCACCAAAUCUCAGAAGCCCUCGGCAGCAACGAACGCUCCAAGAUUCUCUACUUGUGCGAGAUUUCGGACACAGACAAUACAGCCGUGCAUAUAAAGGAGACUCUUAAGUCCAAAGUCAAGAGUUACGACAAAGGGCGUCUGUUUUUGGCUGAGCUCAUGCUACAUUUGGGGAGAUAUGACAUCCUCAGGCAGGUGUUUGGGUUCAGCCGGGACGAUGUGGAGAGAGCUUUGAGAUCUGAGCAGGUUCUACCCAGAUUCAGAGUUCUGAUGGCUCACAUCAGCGAGGACAUGGCCAAGGAUGAUGUGAGCAGUGUGAAGUUUCUGCUGGGUCACAUGGUACCGCGUGAGAAAAUGGAAACUGCCAAGGAUUUCCUGGACUUGGUUGUCGAACUCGAGCACGUAGGCAAGGUUUCCCCGACAAGGGUGGACCUUUUGGAAGAAUGUUUAAUGGACGUCGGCAGGGUAGACCUGGCCAAAAAGCUCAAGAUGUCAGUCAAUGCGCCAGCAGUACCCGAGGAAGUGAUGCGCCACCCUUGCCAGCCGCAACUGAGAGUCCAGUCAGUCGGUAAACGUUCAGCCAGUGACCCCAGAGGGGAGUGCGUAAUCGUAGACUGCGUGGGGAAUGACGGAGAGAUGAUGGCGCACGCAUUUAAGUCACUGCACUUCAAUGUGACCCUACAUAAAUGGCUAAACCUGGUCGAGACUGUCUCAACGCUCAGAAAAGUCUUCCAAAGGAGUCCGGACCGCGACGGCUUCGUCUGCUGCAUCAUCAGCCGGGCGAUCGACAAUCGCCUACAGGCCACGGACAUGAACUGCGAAGGCCUCCGUCUGGAAGAUGUCCGUCGCUUUUUCAACGGCGACGCCUGUCCGGCGCUGGUCGACAAGCCAAAACUGUUUUUCAUCCAGAGCUACACUGUGUCGGAGUUCCAACCCUGCGGUGUGGAGAACCGCUGGGAUGACGGCUGGGAGACGGACGGUGGCGCCAAUCAGCUGAGACCCGAUUGUCUCCCGUCAGAUGCAGACGUGCUCUGGAGUCACUGCUCGACCGGAGAGCAUCAACUGCAGCGAGGCCGACACCGUUCCGUUUACCUCAAGGCUUUGACGGACGCCUUGGGCAGAAGCCAGGGAAGGAGCCGACAUCUGGUCGAUCUUCACAUGGAAGUGAACGGUGCAAUCUUUGAGCACAACAGCCGGCAUCGUGAGGAUCAAUACCACAUUGACCUGAAAAACACUUUGAGAAAAGACCUUUACUUAUAGUUGUCUGACGACUUGCCUGUUUCAUAGCUGUCAGUAUUUGCACUUCAAUUCACUUACUAUACUACUGCAUUCAGAUAAGCUUUUUUACAUUGAUGUAUCUUGUAUGUUUUAUAUUUACCACGUGUAUUUACCUUGAAGUGUUUGGAAUGCAAAAAUAAUUCCUUUUAUUAAAGAUUAAGUGUCAUUCCUAUAAACAUUCUAAAAUGGAUAUUGUCAUGAAAAAUACAUAUAACAUUAUUCACUUCAAUGUCUAUACGAAAAAAUAAAUGAGAGCGCAGAGCGCGUCAUCCAUGCGCGAAGUUGGAGAAGUUCCAUUCGACGACAGCCAAGUGGUUGCCAUGUUGGCUGCAUCCUCUACCCGUGACGUCACCCGGACAUUCGCCAUUGAAAACACGCGGUGGACCCUACUAUGGGAGAUGAACACGCCUCUUCUGACACGGAAGCUCUUUUUGAAAAGGAGAACACCACACAACCAAGUGAAGUUACUGGGGCAAUAUUGUUUAUAUUCAGAUGAUAUGCAAUCACGGCCAAACCGCAUCCACAUCCGCGGCGGAGAUGAGCCAUCACGGCCCGGCGCCGCGACGAGCUCAGCCGGCUUUGCCUUGUUGGCUGCAGUGGCUCAUUUUCGGCGCCGAGGUGGGUUGUCACGGAGUGGAGCCGGGCUGCUUUACGGUGUUGUCGUCGCAUGCAGCUGAGUGCGCCAUUGUCGGCAGCGUCCGCGAGCCGACGCAGCAGCCUUCGCCGGUGAGCCCGACGCCGUCCGACACGCCCAUCAACACAUUGAGCACCCCUGUCAUACGACGCGGAUCUUUUGUUACAUUAUGAUAGGCGGAUUACGUGGUCUGCCCCAAACUAUUAUCUUUUUUAGUCGCUGUAAACACACCUAUCUGUUAUUUGGAACCCACGAAGCUAUCAUCCUUUGCACCCGUGCAAUCCAUUUUUCACGACGAAAUGGGUAUCUUGCAAACUUAUGAAGGGUAAAUCCAUCCUCCCGAGUGUUCAAGCAAUGUCCAGCAAUGCAGCGAGCCGGCAUUUUGGCUAACACGAAGGAACAACGAGUUACCUUCCCGGAGGUAAAACUAAUAGAAACAAACGAGUCCACUUGAGGGCGGUCCUGCCAUGUCCGUCACUUCCUGCUUAAAUAUUCACCCUAAAAAAUAUCUGUAUGAAAAAAUACAACGUAACACAUCGAGCUCUCAUUUCUCAACUCUUGAUUUCCACACCAGCACCCCACUCUGGCAAAGACCAUCUGUUCCCGGGAAACAAGUGUAGUCGUCUCCUCCUUGGUAUAGUGGACAUUAUCUACGCGUGUCAUGUCAGGCAAGACCAGGGUUGGGUUCCCUGA